UGUGGGCGGGGAGCGGCGGAGGGAGGAGGAGGCGCUGCUGGCCGCUGCAGUUGCCUCCGCUGCUGGGCGCCUGGGCAGCUCCCCCGGUUCCCGCGGCCGCCAUGGACGAGCAAGCGGGUCCCGGCGUCUUCUUCAGCAACAACCACCCGGGCGCUGGCGGUGCCAAGGGUCUCGGGCCUCUGGCGGAGGCUGCCGCGGCCGGCGACGGGGCGGCUGCGGCGGGGGCGGCCCGAGCCCAGUACAGUCUCCCGGGGAUCCUGCACUUCCUGCAGCACGAGUGGGCCCGCUUCGAGGUCGAGAGAGCCCAGUGGGAAGUGGAGCGGGCGGAGCUGCAGGCUCAGAUUGCCUUCCUUCAGGGGGAAAGGAAAGGUCAAGAAAAUUUGAAGAAGGAUCUUGUGAGGAGAAUCAAGAUGCUGGAGUAUGCUCUUAAACAGGAAAGAGCUAAAUACCACAAGUUGAAAUACGGAACAGAAUUGAAUCAGGGAGAUAUGAAGCCUCCAAGCUAUGACUCUGAUGAAGGUAAUGAAACAGAGGUGCAACCACAACAAAACAGCCAGUUAAUGUGGAAACAAGGUCGACAACUACUCAGACAGUAUCUACAGGAGGUGGGUUACACAGAUACUAUUCUAGAUGUGAAAUCCAAACGAGUGCGAGCUUUGUUGGGCUUUUCAAGUGAUGUCACUGACAGGGAAGAUGACAAAAAUCAGGACUCAGUUAUAAAUGGCACAGAGGCUGAAGUUAAAGAGACAGCAAUGAUUGGAAAAUCUGAGUUAACAGAUUCUGCCUCCGUGCUGGAUAAUUUUAAAUUCCUUGAAAGUGCAGCUGCAGAUUUCAGUGAUGAAGAUGAAGAUGAUGACAUUGAUGGAAGAGAGAAAAGCAUCAUUGAUACUUCAACGAUUGUUAGGAAAAAAGUAUUGCCUGAUAGCAGUGAAGAUCGAGAUACAAAAGAAGCUCUAAAGGAGUUUGACUUUUUGGUUACAUCAGAAGAAGGAGACAAUGAAUCCAGAAGUGCAGGCGAUGGAACAGACUGGGAAAAGGAAGACCAGUGUCUCAUGCCUGAAGCUUGGAAUGUGGACCAGGGAGUAAUUACCAAACUCAAGGAACAAUACAAAAAGGAGAGAAAGGGGAAAAAGGGGGUGAAGAGAAAAACUACUGAAGAUCUGUUUCAGCCUCUAUCCUAUAUAAAACAAUCAAAACAGGGAUGUGGGAGAAUGCAGCAUCAAAGUACAGGGCCCAAUAGGUCAAAACUGCAAGAUAUGCUUGCUAAUUUGAGAGAUGUUGAUGAACUUCCCUCAUUGCAGCCAUCUGUGGGUUCACCUUCCAGACCCAGCAGCUCCAGGCUUCCUGAACAUGAAAUAAAUAGGGCAGAUGAAGUGGAAGCACUGACGUUUCCUCCUUCUUCUGGGAAGUCAUUCAUCAUGGGAGCAGAUGAAGCCCUUGAAAGUGAACUGGGACUUGGAGAAUUGGCAGGCCUUACAGUGGCCAAUGAAGCAGACUCAUUAACUUAUGAUAUAGCAAACAAUAAAGAUGCGUUGAGGAAGACAUGGAACCCUAAGUUUACAUUAAGAAGUCACUUGGAUGGCAUUAGAGCCCUUGCUUUCCACCCCAUUGAGCCUGUUUUGAUAACAGCAUCAGAGGAUCACACGUUAAAAAUGUGGAAUUUGCAGAAAACAGCCCCAGCCAAAAAGAGCACUUCUCUUGAUGUGGAGCCUAUCUAUACAUUCAGAGCUCAUAAAGGUCCAGUGCUUUGUGUGGUGAUGAGCAGCAAUGGUGAACAGUGCUAUAGUGGCGGGACUGACGGACUGAUCCAGGGCUGGAACACCACCAACCCCAACAUCGAUCCCUAUGACUCUUACGAUCCUUCUGUUUUAAGAGGCCCUCUCCUAGGCCACACCGAUGCAGUCUGGGGUUUGGCUUACAGCGCAGCGCACCAGCGUUUGUUGUCCUGUUCAGCAGAUGGCACUCUCCGUUUAUGGAAUACAACCGAGGCUGCUCCAGCCCUGAGUGUAUUUAAUGAUAAUCAAGAAUUGGGAAUCCCUGCCUCUGUGGAUCUAGUGAGCAGUGACCCGAGCCAUAUGGUAGCAUCAUUCAGCAAAGGAUACACAAGCAUCUUUAACAUGGAAACACAACAACGCAUUCUCACUUUAGAAUCCAACCUAGAUUCAACAGCCACCUCUUCCUGCCAAAUAAAUAGAGUCAUCAGUCAUCCCACUCUUCCCAUCAGCAUCACUGCUCAUGAAGACAGGCAUAUCAAAUUCUAUGAUAACAAUACAGGCAAACUGAUCCACUCGAUGGUAGCCCACCUAGAAGCUGUUACAAGUUUAGCAGUUGAUCCAAAUGGCCUGUACUUAAUGUCUGGCAGUCAUGACUGUUCAAUACGUUUAUGGAACCUAGAAAGUAAGACGUGUAUCCAAGAGUUCACAGCUCAUCGGAAAAAGUUUGAAGAAUCAAUUCAUGAUGUAGCUUUCCACCCAUCCAAAUGCUAUAUAGCCAGUGCUGGGGCUGAUGCACUGGCUAAAGUCUUUGUAUGACACAAUGCAUCAUCUUCACCUUCUAGCUCUUUAUAAAUAAUCAACUGCACAAAAGAGAUACAGAAGACCGGGGCAAGAGUCAACCCAUCCAGCCCUUUUGUUCUGCUGAAGGAGCACAGAGAACAUUUGUUAAAGUAUAGUUUUGCAAUUCGUUUUCUAAAACUAAGGUUUGUUCAGGUUGCUGCAAGCUCAGCUGAAUCUGUGAGCCUGAAAACUUUAAAAUUUUUCCCGAAAUAGGAGCUUUUAUUUCUGAGGUUGUUCUAAUUCGCUAGGCAGGCCUGAGCGAAGAACAUAGGUUUAGCUUGCCCCUAUUGAGUAAAUAGGGCACAUUAUAAGGGAUAAUUAAAAAGGUUGAUGGCUGGGAAUGAGUAGAGGAAGAGUGGAAAUUUAGACCUAGUUCUCCCCUGAGAAAUCUUGUUAAACAUAUUAGGUAGUCAAAACAGUAAUCUUUAUCAUAUCUGCUGUACUAACCCCUAUGUGCAUAAUGACCAGGCAGUGUUAAAAUGCAUUUUUAAUUUAGCUCUCCUUUCAACUGUUCUCAUGAAGCACCUGGGAAAACAUUUUACCUAUUAGAGGGAAAAAAAGAAAUGCAAUAACAUGUUAAAUAUAUUAUUAUUCAGAAAUGCUAAACAAAUAUUUAGUUUUUAAGCAGAUUUCUAUAUUGUAUUACAUUUUUGAAAAUAGAUUUGGUACCAUUCUAAAGUUUAGCUGUCAAAAACACUCACCAUUAUGAAGAAUAGUUGAUAGAGUCUGCUUUUACUAAAAGAUUUAACUUAUUCAGGUUUAAGAUUCUGUUUAUUUUUAAUGGCAAGCAGGUCAUAUCUUUAUAAUAAUUUCUGUUAAUUUUAAAAUUCAUUUUAUUCAUGUGAUGUUUAUAGUACCAGAGUGAUUAUUUCCUAUCAAUGAAAUCUUACCUUUCAGUGGUUGAAAAGCUGGAAGUUAUUUGCAAGUACUUAUUUAUCAAAACCCACAUAACCAUGCUUCAGAUGAUCUCUACUGUUUCUUCUUUGUCUCUUACAUUCAAAUUAUCUGACACCUACCAAAAAUAGUUAAUAAUUAUUAUGUUUUAAUAGUCCAAAGGAUAUGGUUAACCUCAGGCAGCUGCUUUUGCAGAAGUACUAAAUAAAGCAAAUGUUUUUUGCCCCAGGAAUUCCCUUAUUAAUAUCUCCAAGAAGAAGAACCUCUUGGAAAUCUGGAUGGAAUAGUUUGGUGUAUAAUAUUGGUUAAAGCGUUCUUUCUUUCUUUCCCUCUCCCUACCCACCUCCAGUGUCUAAUUGGAAUACACAGCAUGUUUUAGUAGGCAGUGAAUCAAUACUGUUUCUGGGGAAAACCAUUCUUGAAGGACCAGGGUUCCCUAAGCGCACCUUACCUAUGACCCACAUAUGGUCAACUCUUGGGAUUUCCGUGACCCCACUGUCUGGACCCAGUAUAUAGACCUCAUCCCUACAACUGUCUCACCUCUCCUCACACUCUUUCUUAUUUGCCCAAAAUGUCAGAGACCAAUCUGGAAAUUAGAAAUAAGUUACUAAUACCCAAAUUUUCAGCAAAAUGUAUUUUUAAUAGGCUCUCAGACUUAAAAAAAGUCCAUAUCCAUAAAUAUUUAACCUUUUAAUGUAAUUCCUACAUUCCUAUGCCCAUGUAUUCCAUUAGCAUAACAAUGGCACUUCUGAUAAUAUGUACAUCUACUACUCCCUGAAGAAGUAUUAUCACGAUAGUGUCAAUCAACAGCUUUUCUUUAAAAUUUCUGCUUAUCUGCCUCUGGAAUUCUGUAGUAUACAGGCAAGUUUUCUUUAAAGACCUGUGUUAAAUUUGCCUAAUUGAUAUACAGAUAUGCUUUAAUAUUUUGACACAGCUACCUUGUCAUUUCAUCUGUGCUUUGGUUCACAGUGGGCUCAAGGGACUCCUUUGUGUAUUCAAAUGAUUUGACCUGGAUAUGAGCUACCAGUUAAAUGUUUAUAUUCCCAUGCAGGUAUAGAAUUCCACAUUGUGUUUGGCGAAUUCCUCUUUUGAUUGUUCACAAAGUAAAUAAAUGAUGUUGCUGACCUAACAUUUGUAGAAGGAUACUGGAAAAUUCCAGUCAGGUGCUCUUAAUUGGCAGAUUUGUGAUGGAUGUGACUACAGGCUAUUGUUCUACCAAUUAUUGCUUUAAUUACUUUCCAAGGUCCGCAGUGCCUGCUUUCCUUCUGUCACUGGAAUUCUCAAAACCAAGCCACUCUCUUCACCUGCGUUUUAUGCCGCAUGGUUGAAAUGCAUUUUUCUGUUAGUAAGUAGAAAACAACCAUGAGAUAUGUAGACCGUAGUGCAAAUGAUGGAACUGUUGAAAGUUCCUUAGAAAGCCAGUGCUGUGCUCUUGGAGAUUGUACCCAAAAACAGAGAUUCUUCUCCACUAGCACUGUUAUGAUCUCAGUGUAGAAAUGAGGCAAAGCUGUCUUCCAACCAGAUAGAAGCAUAUAUAUGUGUCUGAAUUUUCCCUCAGUUUAUCAAAAAUUCAAUGAAAAUUGACAAAAUGAACAAAUUCCAGAUUUGAACAGUCACUGAAAUGCUGUCAUAGUGCUUCAUUUGUAAAUAUUUUGUAUGAAAUGUAUUGGAAUAGUAUGGAAAUCAGCAGGAGAUGUGGGUCCCUGCCUUAUCUUCACAUGCUAUGGAUACAUCUCUGGGAGCUUGCAGCACCCUUCUCAAAACUCAGCUGUCAUAUGGAGCUCAUUUGCUACUUGAACCAUAGACAGGUAUUUAACAUAAGUGAUAUAAUGACCUUCAGUAUUUUUCUAUUGAACAAGUUUAGCAAUUUUUGCCAUUAAACAGAUAAUUAGUUAUGCAAAGUAUUUAGCUUUUAUAAUCAUUUUAGUUAUGACUAAAAGGGGGGGAAUUGAGCUGCAUCACUGAUAACGAACUUUGUGAGAAAUUUUUUGUUUAUCUGACUUUCAUUCCUUCAGUAUUCUUGCUAUAAAUUUCUUUGGGAGAUAAUGAUGAAGAUUUAUUUGAAAAUGUCUAAAAUGUAUGUAUAUUUUAUAAAUAUAUAUUAUAUAUAUUGUAGGAAUAUAUAUAAUAUAUAUAGACUAUAUAUAUAUAUAUAUAUAUAUAUAAAACCAUAGGUGCAUUUUACUGUUUUGUAUGUUCAUUUUUGGAGGUAGUGUACACAGCAGGUAAUGACGAGUAUGAUGAGUGUUGUGCUGUUUGCUUCUGCAGUAUAAUAUAUAGUUCUAAAUGUUUAAAUUACUGUAUAUACUAUAUUCAUUAUAGGCUAGCAUGCUUGUUUUAAAGACUGUCAUUCUAGUUUAUUAAAAUCUGAAUGUAAGAAAACCUGACUAUUCAAAUGUGAAUUGAAAAGUAUUCCAUUCUCAGUACUGAACUAUUUCCAUUGAACAUUCAGGAUUUUUGACAAAACAGAUAUCAUCAAGAAGGCAAUAGCUAGAGAAAGAGAGGUGCCUUUAAAAAAAAAAAAAUACAAAUGCAGCCUUACAGUGAGGAUGAGGAUUGAGUUUCUUUGUGGGGGAAGGGGUAUGAGAGCGAGAGAGAGGGGGAGAGAGAGAGAGAGAGUGUGUGUGUGUGUGUGUGUGUGUGUGUGAGUGUUUGCCAAUCUGUGAAGGUCCUGAUUUGUGACCAUCAAUGUCUUUUUAAUGUAUCUGUUCAACUUCUAGGACUUCAGGGGACAUUUCAUGCGCUGUCUUCGUGCUCUUCUGAGCACCAUAAGUACUUUCCAAGAAUUUUGAAUGUGAAUUCCUAGAAAUUUCAGUAGAGAAGAAAAUGGCUCUUCUUUCAUUGUAAGUCAAGUUCAGGUAGUAGGAGAAAUUAUUGAUUCACCAAAAUUAUGGGAUCUCAUGAACGUUGGCUAAGUAAAUGUAAUUUUUAAAGGCUCACUUUUUUAGCACUUCGUAUAUUUCCCCUUUACACAAGAGCAUGUCAUGAUUCUUAUGUGAUGAAGAUUCAACUAGUAAAAAUCAUUUUUAAUGAUUUUUAAACACCUGAACUAGUUAAAAUUCCACCUAAGAAUAGUAUUUAAAUGGCAUCUUUCAUAUCUACCUCUUUGUCAUUGCUGCCAUUUUUGACUCAAGCAAAUCUUUAUGACAUCUAAAAUAAUGGUUGGAUGCAAUUUAAAAAUCUGUGUUGGUGCUUUUCUCAGGCUUUGUAAUUUAAGUUAUAUUGAACAAAGAUGUCACAAAUCAGAUUGAAAGGCUUAGAAUUAAUUUUGAUUUUCUUUUGAAAGAACUGCUUAAAAUUUAUCGUCAAUGUUGAUAGUGAGUUGGAGAUAGUCUCUGGUUAGUAUAUGUCUGUGUGAUGCUUUCAGCCAAGAGCCAAACUGUUACUGAUUUACAUGGGAAAAGAGCUCUUAAGUAUAAUUUUCUUCAGCUUACUUUAUUCUUUGAAAGCUAUUUCAAGGCUAUUAAGUACCUAAUCAUUAAUUUUAUUUACUCAGAAGUUGCCUCUGUUACUGUGUUGUUUAGUUAUUUAUAUAAUUGCAUUAUUUUGUUUAACACUGGGAUUCAGGUUGUACAAAAGUAGUAGCUGACAGAAAUUGUAUGUAUAUUUUUCUGAAACGUAUCAAUUCCUUCAGUUCAUUUUAGAAGAAGGUCCAGAAAACUAACAUAUCUGUGUUUAAAAAACAAAGGACAGAUCAGGUCCUUGGUAGAUGAUUUGAAUCAUUCUACUUUUGCCACUGAAAGUUUUUUAAUUGGCUAUAUAUCCAUCAUCCAACUGGAUCUCAGUGUCAUUGUAAAGGAUGCCGGGUUCACAGAGUAUUAAACAGAUUGCAUCUUUUUUUUUUAAUCCAAAAAAAAAAAAAAAGCGAAUAUAAA